GAGCAGUGUGUGUGGGAGUAAAAACACACCCCCGUCACAGCUGGACCAUCGCAACAGCAAGAGAUCCGCCUUCGUUGCUACGGACUCGCGUCUGUUUCCCUCAACAUGGACCUGCCUGAACCCAUACGGCGACGGCUUGGAGAUUUCUCCAGAACCGUGUUUGUGGACCAGAACCGAAUACAACCCUCUGCGGAGGAGCACGCUGAUUUUCUAAACCAGAAUAAGGAUGUGGUAUCGAGUCUCCCUCUUCAGAUGUCACUAUACUUCAACAUGUGGUUCUUUCCUUUCUGGUGGAUCAGUGAGGUUGUGAUGCUACAACUAAAGUACCCAGCCCUUGCAGAUUAUUACAAGUUUAUCCUGAUCACAAUUCUCAUUUUAAUGACCCUGAUUGAGGCCAUCAGACUCUACCUGGGCAAUGUUGGAAAUCUACAAGAAAAGGUUCCAGAAUUGGCAGGAUUUUGGCUCUUGACUCUUCUACUCCAGUUUCCUCUGAUUCUGUUCCAGCUCUUCAACGAGGCUGUUCUCAUACAACCUUUGGAGAGAGGAGUUCAUAUAAUACUGGCCUUAUUUAUUUUUGCUGAGGCUCUUUUUGGAUUUGUUGCUUUGCGUGCAAUGGUCCGGCACACUGAAAGUCGCUUCCAUUUGCGACAAUUUGAUGGGGUUCAAGACUUAAGAACGUGAUGAGAGACCGGCACUGAUGGACUAUAAAAACACUACAAAGACUUGUUUGAAAAAUACAAAGACUUCAUCCAUUAUCAGUGGCAAACAGUGGAGGAACGUCAGUCAUUGAGUUGAAUUGUUACUGUGGAUGUCUUGGUGCCUUAUUUUAUACAAACAAAUCUGGCGUUGUAUUAUAUUUUGUAUGUAAAAUAAAAAAUAUUUACAGACUUAUAAAGAUAAACUAAACAUACUCCAUUGUUAUAAACCGCUAAAUAGUAUUAUUU